AGGAUGAUACUAUGAAAGAAGAUUGUUUGGAAUGUAAGAUAAUAAGAAGAACUCUAGAAGUAGGAAUCUCUGCUUACUGUCUUCACGGCUCUACUGUUAUAUCAAAGUUUCGCUCAUCCCUUAACAUAACAUCCGCUCAUAAAUACUUUUAUCUUACAGUAGGAGGUGCAUCGUUUGGUGUGUUUAUAUACGACGUCCUAAAACCUAAAAUCCUACCUUCACCCCCAUGUUCCAGCUAAUAGAACUAAGGAAUAAUGUUGGUAUCCGGCCCUCCCUCUUCAAACUGGAACAAACCCGAGCUAUAAAGGAGGUGCUGAACACCAAGCUAGCAAACAAAGUGCUUUACCCUCACGGACUGUGUAUUGCACUUCAUGAUAUUAUUCAGAUUGGGGAGUCUUUCUCCUUCCCUGGUGACGCGGGAACCCACACGUCUGUUCUGUUCCGGUACAUAGUGUUCAAACCCUUUGAAGAGGAGGUUAUCAUCGGUAAAGUUAGACGGUCCAGUCCAGACGGUGUUUGGGUAACUUUGGGCUUCUUCGAGGACAUUUUCAUCCCUGAAGCGUAUCUCCAGUCUCCACACAGGUUCGACCAAGAGGAGAACUGCUGGAUUUGGGAGUACACUGACGGACUGGAGACUCACAAUCUCUACAUGGAUGAGAGAGAAGAAAUCAGGUUCAGGGUUUGUAAAAUAGAGUUUAACGACGUAGCUAAACGUGCUCCUACACAAGACUCAGAAGAGUUGUUACCUAUGAAGAUUAUCGGUACUAUCAGUGAACCAGGCUUAGGACUUUUAUCUUGGUGGAAGGAGGAUAAUAUUUAGUACAUGCCAGUUUUUACUUUUUAUUUUUAUUUAUUACGCCACAUAGGUUUUUAUUGUCACAGCGUAUUUGUCGAAGGUUGAUUAAUCGGUAGGCUAUAGCAGUGAGAUGCCAACUUUUAUUAAAUCAUAAAGUAUUUAAUGGAAUAUCAUACAUUAUUUAAAGGUUUUGAUUCUUUUAAUUGUUCUUUCUUUAAACCAACAUUAUCUAUUUGGAAAAAUAUCUUGAACUCUUGUCUAUUGGUUAACUCAAUCAUAAGCAUAGACUUGAACGUUUAGUUUUUUUACAGAACGGUUCGUGACUUGUCAGAAUGGUGCUUAACUUAUUUAUCUGAACUCUUUGGAAAUUUUGUUAUGCAAUUUGAAAACAUUCCUGA